GUCUGUGAUACUAGGUGCAUUACGGUAUGAGUGCAGGUCACUGUUUUCUGGUUCAGCUCGCGCUGCUUGUUUGUAUCUGUACUGUUUACCCCCCGGGGGGCACUUAGUGUGUACUGUAGGCUUGGCGACAGCAGACAGGCCCCUGACAGCUCAACAGCACCGGGGAACGCGGCGAGCAGCGCGAGGGGUUUGGAGAUAACAAAAGGGUAGCUUGUAGGUAAGAAGGGAAUCUUCAGCUAUGAGUAACCCUUAUGCACAUAUCAUUGAGCCUCUGGACUCCCAGAAGCCUGAAUGCAAGUUUUUCAAUCUCAGAAAGCUUGGAGAUCCUCGAUAUGAACUCCUGCCUUUCUCCAUCCGUGUGCUGCUGGAGUCAGCGGUAAGGAACUGUGAUGAGUUCUUGAUAAAGAAGGAAGAUGUGGAGCGCAUACUCAACUGGAAGCAGACCCAGACCCAGACGGUGGAGGUGCCCUUCAGGCCGGCCCGUGUCAUUCUGCAGGACUUCACUGGGGUUCCUGCAGUGGUGGAUUUUGCGGCGAUGCGUGACGCGGUAAAGAAGCUGGGUGGAGACCCCGAGAAGAUCAACCCUGUGUGUCCUGCUGACCUAGUCAUUGACCAUUCCAUUCAGGUGGACUUUAAUGGAAAGUCUGACAGUCUACAGAAAAACCAAGACCUUGAAUUUGAAAGGAACAAGGAACGUUUUGAGUUUCUAAAGUGGGGUUCAAAAGCAUUCCAGAAUAUGCGCAUCAUUCCUCCAGGUUCGGGAAUAGUGCAUCAGGUGAAUCUGGAAUAUCUAGCCCGGGUUGUGUUCCAGCAGGAUGACUACUAUUACCCAGACAGCCUAGUGGGCACUGAUUCACACACAACCAUGAUUGAUGGCCUGGGAGUUCUGGGCUGGGGUGUGGGAGGUAUUGAAGCUGAGGCGGUUAUGUUGGGUCAACCAAUCAGUAUGGUCCUCCCAGAGGUUAUUGGGUACAAACUCCAUGGCACACCAAACAAUUACAUCACCUCUACUGAUAUUGUCCUUACAGUUACUAAGCAUUUGCGUCAGGUUGGUGUGGUAGGGAAGUUCGUGGAGUUCUUCGGACCUGGUGUGGCUCAGCUUUCUAUCGCAGACCGUGCGACUAUUGCUAACAUGUGCCCAGAGUAUGGUGCUACAGCUGCCUUUUUCCCUGUUGACCAUGUCAGUGUCCAGUACCUUGAGCAGACAGGACGGGAUGCUGAGAAGCUUAGUUACAUUACACAGUAUCUGAAAGCAGUUGGCAUGUUUAGGGAUUACAGCAACCAGUCUCAGGAUCCCGAAUUUACAAAGGUUGUUAAACUUGAUCUCAGCACAGUUGACCCUUGCUGCAGUGGACCAAAGCGUCCACAGGACAAAGUGGCCGUAUCAGAAAUGAAGCAGGACUUUGAGGCCUGUUUAGGAGCCAAGCAAGGCUUUAAGGGUUUUCAGGUGCCACCCGAGCGCCAUGAUGUCAGCAUACCAUUCCAGUAUAACGGGGUGAACUACAGCCUGUCUCAUGGCUCUGUGGUUAUCGCUGCCAUCACCAGCUGUACAAACACCAGCAAUCCCUCUGUCAUGUUGGGUGCAGGCCUCCUGGCAAAGAAGGCCAUCCAAUGUGGCUUAAGUGUGAAACCUUACAUUAAGACCAGUCUGUCCCCUGGAAGUGGAGUGGUCACUUACUAUCUGAAGGAAAGUGGUGUAAUGGAGUACCUCUCCGAAUUAGGUUUUGAGGUGGUCGGUUAUGGCUGCAUGACCUGCAUAGGAAACAGUGGUCCUCUUCCAGAGCCAGUUGUAGAGGCCAUCACCCAGGGAGAUCUGGUAGCAGCAGGCGUUCUGUCUGGCAACAGGAACUUCGAAGGUCGUGUGCACCCCAAUACACGAGCCAACUACUUGGCUUCUCCUUUGCUGGUCAUUGCUUAUGCUAUUGCAGGAACAAUAAGGAUCGACUUUGAAAAGGAGCCUAUUGCGGUGAACGUAGAGGGGAAAAAGAUUUUUCUAAGAGACAUCUGGCCCAUGCGAGAGGAGAUCCAGGCUGUUGAAAGGAAGUUUGUUAUUCCUGCCAUGUUUAAAGAGGUCUAUGAGAAAGUGGAGAAGGUAAACGAACGCUGGAACUCGUUAAAUGCUUCUUCUGACAAGCUAUACACCUGGGACCCUAAAUCCACAUACAUCAAGUCUCCGCCUUUCUUUGAUGGACUGACCAGAUCGCUUCAGAAGCCAAAGUCUAUUGUAGAUGCCUAUGUGCUUCUUAAUUUGGGGGAUUCGGUGACCACGGAUCAUAUCUCUCCUGCCGGAAACAUUGCUCGUAGCAGUUCUGCUGCUCGCUACCUGACCAGUCGUGGACUUACACCUCGAGAGUUCAACUCGUAUGGCUCUCGGCGUGGGAACGAUGCUGUCAUGGCUCGGGGGACAUUCGCAAACAUCCGCCUUUUUAACAAGUUCCUCAACAAACAGGCGCCUUCUACCAUUUAUCUGCCUACAGGGGACACGCUGGAUGUGUAUGAUGCAGCAGAGAAAUAUCAAGAGGCAGGUUAUCCACUGUUGGUGCUGGCAGGGAAGGAGUAUGGCUCAGGCAGCUCCAGAGACUGGGCUGCCAAAGGACCAUUUCUGCUGGGUAUAAAAGCUGUAUUGGCAGAGAGCUACGAGCGCAUCCAUCGCAGUAAUCUGGUGGGUAUGGGGGUCAUUCCUCUGGAGUAUCUGCCUGGAGAUACGGCCGAUAGCCUGGGGCUCACCGGCCGAGAACGCUACACUGUGGUUAUCCCUGAACAGCUCAAACCCAGAAUGAUUGUUGAAAUUAAGUUGGAUACCGGAAAGACGUUCCAGGCUAGGAUGCGUUUCGACACCGAUGUGGAGCUCAUCUACUUCCACCACGGCGGCAUCCUGAAUUACAUGAUCCGCAAGAUGUCUGAAAAAUAGAGACAGUCUCACCUCCGUCCAGUGCAGCUGACAAGUGCAUCAGAACUAAUUAUUUCAUCAUCUGUCUUGUUUUGGAAGUGCAAACCUGUAUGCUUUAGGAAUAAGUCAAUUUCUUGUGAAUUAAAUGUUUAUGUUUGUGAUUGUACUGCAUAUACAACACAUCAGGUUGAAAUACACUGGGGAAAAGUAUGAAGGUACGGCAUUUGAAGUUGCCAGAAAUCAGUCAUUGAUUUCACUGUGUCUGUGAAGGUCAAAUGACAUCUGGCCUACAAAAUACCUUUAUUAUCUAUCACUGGGAAUGGUCACUGAUUGUACAACCAGAAUAAUAUACUAGCUAAUGAUGAUCAGAGGCGAUAAUUUAGCGUUUGGGAGAAUUUAAUUAACCAUUAGGACGGACUGCAAGUGUGUACAGAUCCAGUGGAAGAUUUAUUACCUCAGCAUUGCCAAACAAUAACACAUUUACUUGCAUUCAUUUUCAAUUUCGAACAGCUGUAAUGUUAUUUCUAUGAGGAAAACUUUCUCUUUCACAAAGGCACUAAUUAAACUUUUUCUUUAAUACGUAAAAGCUUCAUGCAUCUAAACAGGCUAUGAAAUGAAGAAUGCUCUGAUACUCUUGAGCCUUGAUCUUCACAUUCAUUGGACCUCCUUGCCCUCCAGCUUGCUCAGCAAUCAACUAAUAACAACAAAAAGGCAAAAAAAUAUAUAACUAAUUACUGGUGACUAAAAUACAGAUUGUUUUUCUUUUGUCCAGGAAUCUUUUGAUAUAAUUUUGUAUAAAUAAUUAUAUUUUAGUGUAUUAAAGGUGUGUGUAUGCAAACCCAAUGAUUCUGAUUAGCGUGUGAGAUUCCUCCAAGUGCCUGUAGUACACUGUGUUUCUUAUAUCAGAAGCUUGGUCAUCUUUUCAAACCAGAUUUAUUAUUAUUAUUUUUUGUGUUACGGUGGUGAUGUAACAGUUCUGUGAGCCGUUUUGCUAUACACUAAUCAUGUACUUUAACGUAGUUCGUUUAAUUUUCCUGUUUGUUUUUGGAGAAACAUUGAAUCCUGAGGUUCUGGAGGCAAAAUAUUCAACAGCAUUAUAAUACAAGUAUAUUAUAUACCUCUUUAUGAGGUUGUCAUAUUUAACAUCACACUUGAAUUGUCAAAUAAAUGCUGCAUUAAGGAGUUUUAUCAUUUCAGAAGGAUUUUUUGGGGGGGAAUAAUUGUGCAAAAAAAAAAAAAAGCAAUACAGUUUCACUUCUAUUGACCUGAUGUGAUGCAUUUUAUGGACAUGAUCUACUCAAAUAAAAAAAAAAAAUGAAAAAAAUCAA